GGAGUGGGGAAUUUGAUGGGAAAACAGGACUUCUCAUGGGUGAUCGGUGGGAAGGUGGGUGGGUCUUUCGUGGGAAAACAUGGGAACCCGUGGGAAUUCCCUAAGAGGUCCCCUUAGGGUCCCGCCUCCAAAACCCGAGAGGGACCCAACUUUCUUCCCGAAGAGGUCCCAUGAGGGACCCAAGAGUUCUUGCAGGCUGGGUAUAGCUGGUGACACAAGCACACAUACAUAGGCUGACACACAUGUGCGAACUUGGGACAGCACAGUGGAAAAGGUGCCCGAUGUCCGGUGACCCCGUUGCAUCCCCCGGGUGACCUUGUGUUCCCUAGUUUUUCCGGAGGAUGGUUUUCUCGCGACCUCUCUGUUGGCUUUUUACAGAGAAGGGGGCACCGUAGAAACAGAGUAGAUGCUGGAAUAUUCUGCGUAGGAGGAAUAAUAGGGCGAAUCGGAAAGGGAUAAGGGCGUGCAGAGAGAGAGAGCUGUAGAGGUGGGAGCAUCACCCCACCGAGCUUGUGAACGUUUUAGCAGCGUGAGAGUAAAAGCACCUGACAGUGUAAAGUGUGUAAGGGUAAAGACCGAAAUCUUGAUCAUUGGAAUGUAAUUACAGCUGGCCAUUGUCCCCACAUCAUUUUGCACGUACCCAUCGAUCAUUAGUCAGAAUUUUCCUGGUGUGAAUAGACAAAUUGAUAAGCGCCAGGUGGACUGCCACCACAAAAUGUCAGACCACACAAAGGGACGACAGUUCACCUUGACCGCUGGUUUCGUCGUCAUACCAGUGGUACCAUCUGGAAGCUCGAUGGCUUGACAAGUUUAUAUUUUCAUUUUUAUCUUGUCUUACCAAAGACCUAUAAAUAAAAAUUAGUGACUCUGCCAUCAUAGCUGCAUGACAUGUGUUUAUCUCCUUUGUGAGCAGAUAUCAUCAAGGGUGCAAAUGGUGAAAUCUGUGCUUGCUUAACACCCAGUGACGACCUGGGGUAUUUAAGCCCUAUAUAAAGCCAGUGGUGUGCAGUACAGUUAGCUUGCUAUCGGGUGUGAACCAUGGAUCCGAUUCAUCUGCGCCAGCUACUGUUAGUGUGUGUGUCCGGGUGGAUGUGUGCUCUGUCCUUGCCUCACCUUGAACUCAAGCAGAAAGAGGAACUUACAGGAGGAUCGCGUUUCCGUGACAACGACGUGACAACACCAGUCAUUCCAGUUCCGGUCGUAAGGCGAGUAGGAGCCUGGACACCAAUUGCGCAUCAUGUCAGCAAUUUGUCAUGCAUAGCCUGCAAGACCAUGGUAAGGAUGCUGCAUGACAUGUCGAGACAGAACCAGACGGAGGACGCCAUCAUCAACGCCGCCAUUAACCUGUGCAUCGCACGAAGGAUCGAGGACCCACGAGUGUGUCAGAUGGUGGUCCCACAGUACAGUGAGAUGGCUCUCGGUGUCGUGCGUAAAACACUUUUACUUCCCGACGAACUGUGCGGCAUACUGCUAGGGAGUGAGUGCGCCACGCCCCCUGACCCGGGCAAGUGGAACAUCACCAUGUCCAGCAAACCCAAGCCGCCAGUCGCGCCGCACGUGCGACCUCAGCCUGGCACACCUGUAAUGCGCGUGCUACACCUGACUGACCUGCACCUGGAUGACCAGUACUUGGCGGGUGCCGACACCGGCUGCGGUGAGCCGCUUUGCUGCCGUAAUACGGACACCUACCCAGCUCCCACUCCAUCCAAGGCAGGAGGCACUUGGGGAGAUUACCGGAACUGCGACUCGCCAUGGCAAACCGUUGAGAAUCUGUUCCGUCUUCUCGCGGACGUAAAGGACCAGUUUGAUUACAUCAUCUUCACUGGCGACAUUCCUGCUCAUGAUGUGUGGAACCAGACCAGGACUGCCCAACUGACCUCACUUCUGCAGCUGGCUGGUUUCUUUCGUCGCUACCUCCCAGACAAACCUGUCUACACGUGCAUGGGCAAUCACGAGUCUGUCCCUUGCGACAGCUACCCACCUGACUCUGUAGAGGGUCAGUCCAUGUCCUGGUUGUACUCAGCUGUGCUAGAGGCGUGGGGGUACUGGCUGCCAUCGUCAACCUAUCAGACUAUUCUCAGAGGCGGGUUCUACACGUUCUCCCCUUUCCCAGGCUUCAGAAUCGUCUCGCUGAACUCCAACUAUGGCGCCAGUGCCAACUGGUGGUUGCUCAUCAACUCAACAGAUCCACAGGGUCAGCUACAGUGGCUAGCUGACGUGUUGCAGGAGGCAGAGGACAAAGGUGAAAAGGUUCACAUCCUCAGCCAUAUUCCACCAGGGGAACUGAUGCAUGACUUCAGCUGGAACUACUACAAACUCAUCAACAGAUACGAGAGCACCAUCACAGGGCAGUUCCAUGGCCACACUCACAAAGAUGAGUAUCAGGUGUUCUACGACCUUAGCAACCGAACACGACCUGUCGGUGUGUCCUAUGUUGGUGGCAGUGUCACACCUUACUCCUUCACCAACCCUGGCUUUCGUAUAUACACCAUUGAUGGCAACCACAUCAAUAGUUCAUGGGCUGUGCUUGACUACACACACUCAUUCUUGAAUUUGUCACAUGCAAAUGAGUAUGGAAACCCUGUCUGGGAAAGAGAAUAUUCUCCACUGAGUGACUAUCAAAUGAAGGGGCUGUACCCAGAGGACUGGAAUGAGCUUAUCUAUAGAAUGAAGGCAAACGAUACCCUCUUCCAGACAUUCUACAAGUAUUAUUUCAAGUCUGCCAAAACUGAUUCUUGCACAGGAGACUGUAAAAGAGGAUUUUUAUGUGCCCUUAAAUCUGCCAGACCUGAUGACCCUGAGUUAUGUGAAGAUCUUUAACAUUUUUUUCAAGUUUACAAUAUCUUUUUCAGUGUAUAUUACUUUUGUCAAAAUGUUCAGUUGAAGUAUACAUAAUUAAAAGUCAGAUAUAUGAUGUAUUGUGAUUAUGUUUCUUAAGUAUUCUUUCAAGGUAUAGCAGUUAUAUGAUAGAAAUAAAUUGUACUUUAUUCUAGAGAGGAAGUCCUCUAACCCUCUCAGCACAAUGGGCCAUGAUUGUGGCUUUGCUGGGAAGCACACGGAAGGCAAUUUUCAUUACUUUUAUUGCAAAGUUCAAAUUUUCUCCCCUCCAAAAAUGUAUAGGUUUCUUGGUCUAAUGUUUAUCUCAGAUCAGCAAUAAUAAAAAAAAAAAAAAAACUUCACCUGCUGUCUUCACAGUCUUUAGUUAUAAACCAGUAAUUUUAAUGUUAUAUUUUUAUGUAGGGCUAAGAGAGUUAAAAGUGACUUGUAUGUUCAUGUUGUACAUGUUCAUUUACCUGUCUCACACAUUAAAGCAUAACACAUUUAA